AUGACGAUUUCCGCAGUGGCUGGGACGACGAGUUUGUCGACAGAAGGCGGCGCGGGCACUACAAGGUGGACCAGGUCGAAGGGUCCAAUAUCUUGUGACCCUGCUGUUGUUCGGCCAUUGGGACAGCAGAAUAAGAAGACGCAUGCAGCUACUCUUGAAUUCUCCAACGAAGGACGAUCAGUGGAGGCGAAAUCCGUCCUGGAGUAG